UACUCAUUAUCGGUCAAUUUCUUUUGUCAAGCCCUGGACUGAGGCGGAAAAACUCCACAGGGUUUAGGGUUUAAGAACUCAGCUAAGUGGUCUCAAGAUAAAAUUCACUCUCGGACAAAAGGUGAGCUUGGGGAAAUGGGAUUGCAAUGGGGUUGCUGUUGUCUUCAGAAUCCAGCCCCAAGAAUCGUUACUAAUGCCUCACACUUCUCUUCUCACACUGCAUUGGCUACAAAUAAAGCUGGAAGCUUAACUCCCAAGAGGAGUCGAUUUCUUCCUGGGUUUGAUGAGUCAUCCAGAUUAUCUCUGAUGGUGUCGGCAUCGAGGAGGAGAAUAAAUGAGUAUUCACUUCUGACCUAUAGAAGAGGAUUUACUGGAUCUGCUUCAACUUCUAAUCAAGAGGUUGAUUUGAGUUCCACGGAACAGAAAGAUGUUGGAGUUUCUGGGGCCGAACCAUUUCGCGGCAAAGCAGGUUCUAUUUCAUUCAUUGGAUUAACUCAUCAAUCGGUUGAGGAAGGAAAGCUGGAGUCUGCACCAUUCAAUGAAAGUGCUAGUUCGGUAUUCUGGGUUUUGGCUCCUGUUGCACUUAUUUUAUCUCUGGUGAUUCCGCAGUUUCUUGCAAUAGCAAUUGAUGGUUUCUUUGAUAGUGAGCUGACUUCUGAUAUUGUGAGUGCGAUCUGUUCAGAGGUCAUAUUUUACAUUGGGCUGGCAACAUAUUUAAACGUGACUGAUAGCACUCAAAGACCAUACCUUCAGUAUAGUUCAAAGAGGUGGGGCCUAAUUACAGGUCUUAAAGGAUACUUAUCAUCUGCAUUCUUCACUAUGGGCUUUAAAGUUUUUGCUCCUCUCUUUGUUGUCUAUGUCACCUGGCCAAUGAUUGGCUUACCAGGAUUUGUUUCAGUUGCUCCUUUCCUAUCUGGUUGCCUCGCACAAUUUGCAUUUGAGAAAUAUUUAGACAAGCAUGGAUCAUCUUGUUGGCCUCUGGUGCCUAUUAUAUUCGAGGUAUACAGGAUAUACCAGUUAACCAAAGGAGCUCAACUCAUUGAAAAGCUAAUGUUUGCAAUGAAGGGACUUCCAGUAACCCCACAAGUUCUGGAAAGAAGUGGAGCUCUGGUCUCUAUGAUGGUGACAUUUCAGGUCCUUGGUAUGGUUUGCCUGUGGUCAUUGCUGACUUUUCUUCAAAGGCUCUUUCCUUCUAGGCCUGUUGCCGAGAAUUACUAAUCCAUUCCAAGAGUUGUAAAUCUUGUUCUUAAACUUUUAAUAUCAAUGCCCAAGUCAGAAGAUAUGUCAUGAGAUUUGGUUUUACAGUGCUGAAAUGGUUGAUGAAGUAACAAAUCUCUAGUUGGGUAUCUGUUUGAACAUAUGACUUGUCAGAAUUUGAAAUUACAGCUACAUGAUACGUCUAGUAUUGUUAAGUUGAGAACUUCCAAACUUGGGCCAGGCCUUCUGCGUAAAGAUCUUGAAAUUUUCCGCUUGUUUCCUCCCUGGGCAUGGUGUAUAAUUAAUAGUUCUACAUCAACACCAUUUUUUUCAGCUAAA